UGGCCCUUGGGAUAAAUUCUGCGCUCCUCACAACUUGCGAGAGUCGCUCUGCAAGUCACGUUCCCCCAAGCCGAGGAGUAGAAAUCCCACUUUGCCUUCGGAGCGCUUUCUUUUCUUGUCCAAAGUUUUCGUCGCAAGCGGGAAUCGGAGCGCGCGCCCUCGCCGGCAGGCCGCCACCGCGCUCGCUCUUUCGGGGCGCGCCGCGUGAGGAGUCGCGCGUUUUCUUCUUUUUUUUUUUUUUUUGCGCCCCUCGCCAGUCGUUUCGCAUGAAUCUUCUCGACCCUUAUGUGAAAAUGAGCGAAGAACAGGACAAGUGUCUCUCCGACGCGCCCAGUCCCAGCAUGUCCGAGGGCUCGGCCGGCUCGCCGUGCCCGUCCCACUCCGGCUCCGGCUCCGGCUCCGGCUCCGGUUCGGACGCGGAGAACGGCCGUCCGUCCGACAUGCGCCUGCCGCACGGCGCCGACUACAAGAAGGAAGGCGACGAGGAGAAGUUUCCCGUGUGCAUCCGGGACGCCGUGUCGCAGGUGCUCAAGGGCUACGACUGGACGCUGGUGCCCAUGCCGGUGCGCGUCAACGGCUCGAGUAAGAACAAGCCGCACGUCAAGCGGCCCAUGAACGCCUUCAUGGUUUGGGCUCAGGCCGCGCGUCGCAAGCUGGCCGACCAGUACCCGCACCUGCACAACGCCGAGCUCAGCAAAACUCUGGGCAAACUUUGGAGGCUGCUCAACGAGGCCGAGAAACGGCCGUUCGUGGAGGAGGCCGAGCGGCUCAGGGUGCAGCACAAGAAGGACCACCCGGACUACAAGUACCAGCCGAGGCGGAGGAAGUCGGUGAAGAACGGCCAGAGCGAGCCCGAGGACGGCGAGCAGACGCACAUCUCGCCCAACGCCAUCUUCAAGGCUCUGCGGCAGGCCGACUCGCCCGCCUCCAGCAUGGGCGAGCUGCAUUCCCCCGGAGAGCACUCGGCAGGUCAGUCGCAGGGCCCGCCCACGCCCCCGACCACCCCCAAGACGGACCUCCCCCCCGGCAAGUCGGAGCUGAAGCGCGAGUGCCGCCCUGUUCCGGAGGGUCCGAGCCGCCAGCUCAACAUCGACUUUGGCGCCGUUGACAUCGGCGAGCUGAGCAGCGACGUGAUCUCCAACAUGGGCAGCUUUGACGUGGACGAGUUCGACCAGUACCUGCCGCCCCACAGCCGGGCCGCCGCCCAAGGCGGCUACGCCGGGGGCUACGGCGCGGGCGGCUCCUUGGUGGCCUCCCAGGGGAGCAACGCUGGGGCCUGGAUGUCCAAGCAGCAGCAGCAGCAGCAGCAGCUCUCUCUGAGCACCCUGGCGGGCUCGUCGGCAGGCGAGCCGGCCCAACAGCGAGGCGCUCAGAUCAAGACGGAGCAACUCAGCCCGGGUCACUACGGCGAGCAGCAGCAGCAGCAGGGGGGGGGCUCCCCCCAGCACGUGGCCUACGGCUCCUUCAGCCUGCAGCACUACAGCGCCUCGUCGUACCCGCCCGUCAGCAGGGCCCACUAUGACUACUCCGAGCACCAGGCGGGCGCCUACUACUCUCACUCGGCGGCUUCGAGCCAAGGCCCCGGCCUCUACUCCGCCUUCGGCUACGUGAGCCCCGGCCAGAGGCCGAUGUACACCUCCGCCGCCGACACCGCCGCGGCGCCGUCGGUGCCGCCCACCCACGCUCCGCAGCACUGGGAACAGCAGCCCGUUUACACCCAGCUGUCCCGGCCGUGAGGACUGUCCCCUGCCUGCGCCCUCUAAAAAAAAAAAAAAAAAAACA